UCUUAUGUCUCAUGCGCAAGUUUGCUGUGAGUCAGAGUUUGUUUUAAAACGUGUGACGGUGUGGUUUUAGACGGCAGUUUUCACAGAGAACUAAGAAUUUUCUGAGAGUUAUUUUACCACAAGCGACUAAAACAAUGUCAGAAAGCUUGGAAAGUACUGAGAAAGCUGUGGAGAAUGGUUCAUCACCUUCCCAGCUAGAAUCUAGUAUCAUCAGACAAGUAGAAUACUACUUUGGGGACACAAAUUUGGCCAGAGAUAAAUUUCUGCAGGAGCAAGUGGCUAAAGAUUCUGACGGAUGGGUAACCCUCACAGUUUUGUUGACAUUCAAACGCUUGGCAGCUCUUACAACAGAUCCCGAUGUUGUAUGCAAAGCCCUGGAUAAGUCAACAUCAGCACCGAAAAUUGUAGAAAUCAGCGAAGAUCGCACAAAGAUGCGUCGCCAUCCGGAAAAUCCACUUCCGGAACAAAAUGAGGAGACGCGCAAAGAAGUACAGAGUCGUACAGUUUAUGUGAAGGGAUUCCCAGUUGAAUCGACAAUUGAGGAUCUCUUGGAGUACUUUCAGCCAUUUGAGAAGGUUAUUAACAUCCAGAUGCGUCGGCGUCCGGACAAAAAGGACGGAGAGACGGUGCAUGUGUUCAAGGGAAGUUGCUUUGUGACAUUUUCCACACGAGAGCAAGCACAGGAGUUCAUUUCCAAGGAGAAGGUUGAGUACAAGGAGACAGAUCUCAUAAGAAUGUUCAAGGCGGAUUAUCUGGAAAAGUCCAAGUUGGAGCACGCUGAGGAGAAGAAGAAAAAGAAGCAGCAGCAGCAGGAAGAAGAAGAGAGUCAGUUUACAUUGCCUACAGGAGCUCUGCUACAUGUCAGCGACAUUGGUCCAGAAUCCACGAUAGAGUCACUGAAAGCGGCCUUUGCCAAACUGGAGGCAGAUGUGGCUUUUGUGGAGUACCAGAGAGGCGAGAAGGAGGCUACGGUGCGACUGAAGGCUGAAAAUAGCGCCAAGACGUUGUUUGAGAAGCUGGAGGGAGGAAAAGUGACACUCGAUGGCGUAGAAGCGACUGCGAGGGUCCUGGAAGGGGACGAGGAGAAGGAUUUCAUUGCCAAGACCAUCAAGGCAAUGGCUGAGCGCAGGAACUUCAAGAAGAAAGGCGGAAAGGCCAACAAGGGCUUCGGAAAGUAUCAGAAUCACAAAAAACGCGCUGCCGCGGCCAGUGAGGAUGAGCCGCCAGCGAAAAAAUAAUUUAACCAUUUCAUUUGUUUAUCCUUUUUUUUGAAAUACACUGAAUUUAAUUAAAAA